UAGGGUAGCGAAGGCACACGGGUGCAGGGGGAAACCGUGCACUUGGUAUUAGCCACCAUUGCGUCGUUUGGAUAUAACAUUAUUUGGAGCCUUUCAUUUUUCACGCUUUCCGGGGGUUAAUAUGGCGACGCUGGGACCGGAGCCUCGUCCCCUCUCCCAGCUGGUGUCGGCGCCGACGCAGGCGAACCUGGGCGCACUGGGCUCGCAUAGGAACCUGCCCCUCAACCGAGCUCUGGAGAGAGCGCUGGAAGAAGCGGCGGACUCUGGGUUCCUAAACCUCAGCACCAGAAAACUCAAAGAAUUCCCCAGAACAGCCUCCAAUUACGAUUUAACCGAUACCGUUGAAGCAGACUUGUCGAAGAAUCGCCUGACAGACAUUCCACCUGAAGUGGUCCAUUUAGUGUCCUUGGAAACACUGAAUCUUUAUCACAACUGCAUCAAAAGCAUUCCUGAUACCAUCAUCAGCCUACAGUCUCUCACAUCACUAAACAUCAGUCGGAACCAGCUGUCAGUGCUGCCUGCGUGUGUGUGUGGUCUUCCACUGAGAGUUCUCAACGCCAGCAACAACAAGCUCAACUCUCUCCCAGAGCGCAUCAGUCAGCUCACCAACCUCAUGGAACUGGAUGUGAGCUGUAAUGAGGUCACAACCCUUCCUUGUCACAUUGGACGACUAAAAGGCCUGCGGGAACUCAAUGUGCGCCGGAACCUCCUCUGUGUUCUGCCUGAGGACUUGGCAGAGCUACCGCUGGUAAAGUUUGAUUUCUCCUGUAACAAAGUCUCAACGAUUCCUGUCUGCUACCGCAAAAUGACUCAGCUACAAUCACUACAGCUAGAUAAUAACCCACUACAGAGCCCCCCAGCACAGAUUUGCAUAAAGGGGAAGGUUCACAUUUUCAAAUACCUCACCAUGGAAGCUUGUCGCAGUGACAAGAUGGCUGAUACUCUUUACCUGCCCGUCACGGACCGUCUAAGCCUGUCACGACCCCCUGCUGGCAGUAUGGAAGAUAUUGAUCAGCAUAAGAAACUUGACAGUGACUCUGGGGUGGGCAGCGACAAUGGAGACAAGCGCCUUUCAGCCACAGAGCCAUCUGAUGAGGACAGUUUGAGUUUGAACGUACCCAUGUCCAAUAUCACAGAGGAAGAUGGACUAAGUAAAGAUGACUCCUGUGAGCAUAUCAGUACUCUGGCAGUGGACAGAAGCCCCUCAGAUUCUGGCUACAGAGAUUCCACCUUCAGUUCUCGAUUCAUCAGCUAUGUUAGGGGUCGGGGUGUUGACUUCGAAGAGCCCCUCAAAAUAGAAGAAAACAGUAACAGUGACUGGUCCUCAGGGCAAAUUGGGCUUGGCUCGGUUCCUCUCCAUUCUUUCCUCAUUGGUUGGCUAUGUGCUCACUGGUCCAAGGUUUAUAUGAUAAAUCCACUGAAGGAGGCUGUGGAGCUUCUGCAAAACCCUAACAGGGUGAAUACACACUCCUCUGAUUUGGCUGGAAUUAAACUCUACCCAGUGGAAAUGGUCACCGUGGAUGAGUCUCUGAAUGGACAGGAGAAUGAUGGAGAGACAACACCCACGGGUCAUGACGAAGGCUGGGAGUUCCAGAGGAAGAGACUGUACAUUCUAGAACGGGCCCGCCUGGAGGCUCAGAUCGCCUACCAGCAGUACACCCGCCACAGGGUCCAAGAGGGUGAGAUCUGUCAGAAGUCAGAUGAUUGUCAGUCAGUGGAGAAAAACGAAGCCCAGAGCCCGGUGUUGUCACCCGUAUUCAGCUCGCCUCCUUUCGGCCUGAAGCCUAGAUCAGUGUUCUUAAGGAGCCAUAAGAAUGUGGAUUCAGUGGAUCCUCAAUUCACCAUGAGGAGGAAAAUGGAGCAGCUUCGAGAAGAGCUGGAACUCAUGGAGCAGCUUAGAGAGAGUAUUGAGAGCAGACUGAAAGUGCCUCUUCCUGAAGAUCUUGGCUCCUCCCUCAUGGAUGGAGUAGUGCUGUGUCAUCUAGCCAAUCACAUUCGACCUCGCUCGGUGGCCAGUAUCCAUGUUCCUUCACCUGCAGUACCCAAGCUCAGCAUGGCUAAAUGCCGUAGGAAUGUAGAGAACUUCCUGGAUGCUUGCAAGAAGAUGGGUGUUCCAGAGGAGAAGCUGUGUCUCCCUCACCACAUUCUGGAGGAGAAGGGACUGGUUAAAGUAAGCGUUACAGUUCAGGCACUGCUGGAUGAGACGUCAACAAAGCCGAACCUUUUCACAUGAGGGGGCCAAAUCUAGCUCGCUCCCCAACACCCACACAGACACAGCAAUGGACAGACAGAUCUGAAAUACCUUUUUCCUUCUUUUUGGGCGGUGAGCUCAGUCAUUGAAAGACCUCCUAAAAAUCUUGAAACAGGAGCCAUGCUGUGUAUCACUUCCUUUUUAAGGUAAUAGCAAAUAUACAUGCAAAUUUUUAAAUAGUGUUAUUUUUAUUUAUUUUAGUUUACAUCUUUUUGCCUUUCUGCUGCCCAGAGCCUGGCCUUAUAUCCAAAAGCUGACAAACAUAAAAUAAGCAAUACACAAACACAAAAUUCCUUAUUUAAUAUCUAUUUAUUGAAAACAUUUCAGCAGAUGAAAACACUUGGGGGAGGGGAGAGGUAUAUUCAUACCAUGAACUUGUACUGUUGGUCAGGUUUGACUUAGACCACUUUUUACAUACUCCCAAAGUCUUAGAGCCUGUUUACACAUAGCAUUAACAUGCGUUUCUGAUGAUCGGAUCACAUUCGGAUUUCACCAUGAAAAGCCAUGUCUAAACAUGCCCAAGACAUGCUCAAAUCACAUUCAGAUGUGGUCAGAGAUGGAUCUUGACAACAUUUAAUACAAGUGUAAACGGAAUGUGUUUUCUGUAUCUGCAUACAAAUACACAAGCAUCUACAUGCUGACUGCAGGAAUUACAGCAGCUGCCAAAUUAAGUCUUCUCCUGUGCUGAAGCAGAUGCUUUGUAGCUUGUUGUUGUCAGUUUCUGCCCAUAUCUGACAGAGUAUAAUAGAGUAGUAGCCCAUGAGGAACUUCGUUUACAGUAGGUGUCUGGUAGAUUUAGAGAAUUAAAAUAAACAUGGAAACGAUGUGUGGGUGGUGUGCUUUUCACGUGGGAAAUUCACACUCUCAUCUGGUCACACUGGGGAUAUUUAGCGACAAGUAUAAACAGAAUCUGGCCAAAAUAUUGUAUAUCGAGAUACAAUCCACAUAUGAAACACAUUCAAGGUGUAAACAGGCUAUUACUGUUUUUAUGGCAUUUAACUCUUUGCUCUUGAAAUUUGUUUUUGUGGGAAUGAUGUCUCAGGGCAAGUGUGACCUCAAUAGAAGAUAAAACCAUUCUGUCUUUUCUCUGCUUAUAUUUUUUCAUAUUAUGCCACAUAUAUGCUUAGAGAUUGUGUUUGUGUGGGUGGGUGUAGGUGUGUGAUGUGGUGGAGAACAUGUAACAAGUGCAUGACAAAAUAGCUGUUUGUGUCUGUGAGUACCUGUUCCACUACAAACAAUACAUUGUGUACCCAUGUGUUUGAGUGUAUGGGAGAAUAUCUGCACUUACAUGAGGAAGGACUGUGUGUUCAGAUAUAAUUGUAUACAUCUGACAUUUCAUGUGCCUGCAUGUGUUUGUGUGUACAAAUUGUAUAUGACAAAACCUCUUGUUUCUUACAUUUGUGAGGUCAAGUGUACAAAGCUUCAUCUACUUUAAGAUUCAUACCAAAAACAUGAAGCUUCAUUCUCAUUGGAGAACGUCGAAUUGCCAAAAUUAUUAAUUUAUAGAGAUGUAAUUUAAGACAGGAUUGUUUUAUGUAGUAUUUGAAAGAUCUUUUACCACAGAGAAUAUUUUUAAGAUUUUUAAGGUUGUUAAUGUAAUUGUAAGGUAGUCUGUGCAGUAUUGAAUUUGUAAACAUUUUAUAUUUGCUGUAAAUAUUUUUUAUCAUACAGUUGAACAUGCAUUUUCUAGUAUUUUAAAGAACUUAAGUCAAACCUACUGCUUAUAUGCAUUCGGUAUAAACUGAAACACAUAGCCAUGAUCAGGUCCAGAAAACAGUUGUCCAUGAGGACAAAAAGACUUACCUUAUAAAUAGAAAUAAGGCAAUUAUACGCUUACAAUUUACACUCAAUAGGCAUUGCACUAAGACUAAUGUGUAUAGCUUGUGUUAAAUUGGGGGGUGAGUUGAAUUUAAUAAUAUAACAAGCAUCAGCAUCAUAUAGUAACAAGUGAAGCUGUCAUUAUAUUGACAGACCAAGGUGGCAAGGGAAAGGAAACAUGAGGAAGCGAAUAUAAUUUACUGUACUUCCCAUUAUAUACAUGUUGAGACUGUGGACAGUAUUAUAUCAAAAUAUAUUACAGCUUUAUAAGGAAGAAAUAAUUUUUCAAACUUGAUCUAUAAUCAGAUAUUGUCUGUAAUUGUAAUUGUCUGCAAUAUGUAAUUGACUCAAUGUAACCAACUGCCCCUUUUUACCUGUUUUCCACCAAAUUAGCUUCUCCCCUUUCUUUCGUAAGGGAGCCAUUUUUUCUUCACGUUAAAAUUGUCAACCUUGUUAAACAAUACAAGACUGCACCUAUAUGAAAACCAUACCGCCUAGUUACAGUGCAGCUUAUUUUAACUUUCUAAUCAGAAAUGCAUUUCCCAGGUCUAAUGAGUGGACCAUGGUCAGUUGUAAGUUUUUAGUACAGAUGAAAUUUUAUUUGGAAUUUACAUAAAGGUUUGCUGACAGUGUUUUUGCACAACAUGAUCAUUCUAUUUAGGCAACUAACACUCAUAGCAGCAGGAUAAGGACUGAGACAGUGUUAAAGGCAUUUGAAAUACUGUAACUUUUUUCCUUAAUUAGUGGGAAAGAAUGGGAUAUCUGUUACCUGCUGAAUGUAAAAUAGUUUUCUGCUGUUACUUGUAUAUUGAACAAAAGGUUUGUACUAAAUUGUUUAUACUUUACAAAUAAGAUGACUAGCAUAACGUUUUAUUUAGCUUUUUGAAAUUUUAAUAAAGUACUGUACCUUCAUCUGCCACAUUCUAA